CCCCAAGUCCCGACGACAAAUAAGCUAGCCAUUCGCUAUGACACCAUAGAUACUUAAUAUUGAUGCUACAUUUAUUGAUAAUCAAUGAUGCGCUUAUAACUUGUAUAUAAACCGGGAGGACCUACGUUGAUACACAUAUCUCCCACCUGCAAGCUUGUGCUGCUUUGUUAGAUCAAACGCGUCUUACCAUCAAAAGUUCUCAGUGAUAAGUUAUUCAUACUUAAUUUCACAAAAUGGCAGCCUCUAACUUAUAUGCUAUCAUCGCGGGUGUUGGUGGCGGCACAGGUCUGUAAUCCUUCCCAUCUGCCAGUUAAACACUCAAGCAAACAACUAGGACGCUCCCUCGCGCUCAAGUUCUCCGCUGCCUACCCUACUGUCUUCCUCCUCGCUCGCUCCUCCGAGUCCUACGACGCAAUCGUCAAGGAGAUCAAAGCUAGCGGCCGCAAUGCAGUAGGCAUCAGCACUGACGUAUCAUCCGCCUCUUCCGUCUCCUCAGCACUCAAGGUCAUCGCCGCUGAGACCGCCAACAAGAACCUCGCAGCCGCAGUCUACAAUGUCGGCGGCAAAUUCGUCCGCAAGCCCUUCCUAGAAUUGACUGAGGAGGAGUACUCUGCAGGCUUUGAGGCCAGUGGCAGAGGCUUUUUCAACUUCGCGCACGGUAUCCUGCCGCUCCUCCUCGAGACUGCGGCGCUCUCACAGGCUAUCCCGAACCCGCCGAGCUUGCUGGUUACCGGCGCCACGGCCUCGCUCAAGGGCUCUGCCCAGUGCGCCUCCUUCGCCUCGGGAAAGUUCGCCCUGCGUGCCACCACGCAGUCACUUGCUAGAGAGUUUGGACCCAAGGGUGUGCAUGUAGCACAUGCGAUUAUCGACGGUGCCAUUGAUACGCCUAAGCUUAAGGAGUCCGGGUGGAAGGUUAAUGGAGGAGAAGAGGAUGGUGCAAUUGCGCCGGACGCAAUCGCGGAUGCCUACUAUUGGCUUCACACCCAACCACGAAGCGCAUGGUCGCAGGAAAUCGAUAUUCGACCAUUCAUUGAGAAGUGGUAAUCAGAGACUAACGAGUAGGGCAGAGAGGGAAUGAAUGAGUGCCUGAUAGUUUUGUAGUUUUAUUUAUAACAAAGUAGCGAUCUAAUACAUCAAUUCA